AUGCCUGGUGACGACGAUACCAAGGUUUGCACUGAAUCGUUCUGUACGGCGGUACAAAAUCCGGAUCGAAUGGUGCGACAGCGAGCGUUGAAGACUUUCGAGGAAGAUUUUAUCCACGGUAUCGCUUCCGACGCGGAAUGUUCGAGAAUCUUCGACGAAACGUACCUCCACAUUCUUCGCUGCUAUAGUGACCGGUUCGAGUCCGUCCGUACAGUUGCCGUAUCGGUGAUGGAUGUGCUGCUGGGCAAGCUUCCUACCAACGAUUACUAUCUCGACUGUAUUGUGCCGGUGUUGGCAAAACGUAUCGGACAGGCAGAAACGAUCGAGGACAGCGAGGAGCUUCGGUUGCUACUGUUGGAGCAACUAGCAGCACUGGUAGUAAAGUAUAGCGACCCAGACGGAAACCAUGGUGAUCCGCUGUUGAAAGUGUUCGACAGCGUGGUUGACAUACUGAUAAAAACGUUGCGCGAUCCGUACCCGGCAGCACAAAAGAAAAGUUGCGAAAUCGUAAUGGCGCUUGCCGUGGCAACACCGAGCUUACACUACCGUGCGGAAGUGCUGGUUGCGCCGGCUAAAACAAUCCUAGCUCAUCGGCAUUCGGCAAAUCGUAUUGCAGCUAUAGAAACGCUCGGAGUACUGUCGCUGCACAUCCUAUCGAAUGGAGACCGCGUAUCGGAAAUCAUCAUGGCUUUGUCACCAUUGCUCAUGGACGACGUCCCGUUUGUAAGACGAGCUUGCGGUCGAGUCGGAUGUCUAAUGUUGGAGAAACUGCGUGAUCGUUACUCGUUCUUUCAUCGCAUUCUCCCGUUGGUAUUGAAUUGCUUGUGUGACGAAACCGUUGAAGUUCGCGUAGACAUUGAGAGUGGUUGGAAGAUGGCGGGAGAACAGUACUACCAAGAGAAUGAAACCGAACUAUCAAAGGUUGCCUUGAUUGAAAAGCUUCCAAUCGGAUAUCCUGUGGAGCGAUAUGUUCGGCCGACAGUCGCUUGCCGUGCCAUUGUUCAACGGAGCCUAAGGGUGGUGAAUUUGGUGCUGCACGAAAUGGAAGAGUGGAAGGAUAACAUUCGUCUUCACGCUACUAAACUGUUGAAGCAGUUAGUUUUGCAUGCCGAGCGCGCCUUUUCAACGCUGUUCAUCGAGGUGAAUCCUGUGCUUGCGAAGGCAUGUAUGGAUGCGGAAAGAAGCAUCGUAUUGGAGGCACUCAAUGUUUGUGAAUUGAUGGGAAUUUUGCUCGAUUACGACACCUGGAGUCAACAUGUGUUGAACACGUUCCGGAAGUAUCCCACUAUUGGACAACUGCGCUGUAUGCGUACACUUUUCGCUAGCUGCGUACAGAUCGAGGCAAAAUGUAACGACGUACGUAAGUUCGCCGCCCUUCUGCUCGAUCCUGACGUAUGCCACAACCAUGAGGAUGCUGCGUACCAGCGGGAGUUGCUAGAAUUUUGUAGCAUUCUCGCAUCGAUCGGACAAAAGCGAGACAAAUUAACUGCAGGGUUGGAGGAAAUCACGGUCACCGAAUCGGAUGGCGCUGAACAUCAAACACUGGAAAGAAUUCUUUACACUGUGGCGUUGAAGGUGGUGGCGUUCUGUCAGGACAUGGAGGAGAAAGCAUCUGUGCGUGCGUUUGGGAUGGAAGUUUUGCAGCUGCUGGACAGUGACGUCGCUCGUUUGCAUCAGCAUCAUCUUGCGAGUGUGUUGUGUAGUAUUGGUCAUUUGGAUAGCGAAAAUUCGGACGCUAGCACAAGUAUUCUUUUGUUGUGCGGAAUUGUAUCGAUGUGUGGAUUUCAGGAAACGUACUUCACGGUCCUGGAAGAGACACUGCGGAAGGCUCUAAAACAUGCAGCUCCGGAAGGGAAAGUGAAAAUAUUUAGCGCUAUUUCAGUGGCCAUGCUGUCAUGGAAUGAUCAUAAUCGACAACCGAAAGAAGAACAAAUCUCAAUGCUGAAAACUUUCACGGAAAGCUUGAUCGCUCCUCAUUUGGUGUGGUCAGCGGGUAGAAGUGCCGAAUCUAUCCGGACAAUGGCAACUGCUUGCUUCGCUUCAAUGGCGCAGGGUGUUCAGUUAGAUGUGUAUAUGUCGCUGUUGCCGAACUACCUUAACGUACUCGCCGGAUUGAUCGAUGAUAAUUGCAUCUCCACACGUGCCUACACUUUAAAGGCGCUGGUCCGGCUGCAGCCUCUGAAUUUUGAGUCAUUGAAACUGAUAGCAUUUCCGAUCAUGUCUCGAUUGGACGAUCCAAGUGGGGAGGUACGCGAAUUGGCUGCCGUAUGUCUAGGGCGUCUUAAACUUGUUGUAGAAUCAUCCGAUGCGGCCGAUCAGCAAAGUGUACUUGAACGUUGGCAGGACAUUUUGCGGCAGAUUUUGUCGGUAAUGUUUCUUCAUUUGGAACAUCCAGAAACAAAAUUGCGUUCCGCUAUAUACGAUUCGCUAAAACGGUUGUAUGCCGACAACCGAGACACGAUUACACGCCUGGCUGAUGAAGUGCCUUCGGGAUGUUCUUACAAGAAGGAUUUAGAAGCAAUUACCUCUCAGAUUAUCAAUACGUAA